UUUGCCAAAAAACCGAACGAGGAAAGCGAGAUAAACUGCAAUAGAUUUGAAACUGUGGUGUAAUGAUCAUUAGGGCGCGCAAUUUUGUUUUUUUUUUAGGGGCGGGGGUAGGUGCACGCAUCAACAAAAACUAUUUACUCGGUGUAACUCCCAGAGAGCGUGCUCGUGUAUUGCAUGCAAACUUUGCACGUUCGAACUUAACGGUUUUUCAGUGAGCUUUCAACUUUCUUGCCAACUUCGUGUGUUUUCGUUUGUUAAAAUACGGUACCUAUUCGAAAUUUCGGCAGAUUUUUUUUCUCAACUCGAAUCCCAAAAUACCCUUGAGACUUAGAAUUCGCGUAUUCAAAGGACAUUUCCAUUCUAUGGCUCAAAUUAUCGAAUUGUUUCUCGAAAUGGGAAUAGUGCUCGCCCUGAGUUUCGUAGUUUCUCAUCAAAGAAGUGCGCCGACUAAUCUGCGACGUCAAAAAAUCGUCGUCUUAUUACAAGAAAUAUGUUUCUUACCGGUUUACGUGAAUGCAGAAGAUUUCGAGGAAAAAUUUGCCAACGAGUUUUCUUCAGAUUUUGAGAUCGUGUUUCUCAAUAAGCCAGAUAUGUGCAACGAUAGUUUUUUAAUAUUGCCUAUGCUGGUUCGAGAAAUCGAAGAUCAAAGGACAUUAGCCGUUGUAGGAACUACUGAACCGUUUCUCUGCGGAAUUAUAUCGAAACUCGUUGAUAUUAAUAAUAAAUUAUUCGUCGCUUGGAACUGUCCAGAAAGCGAUAGUACGGAAAAAGCACCAGCUAAAUCAUACACUGUCCAAAUGUUACCAGCAAUUAGAGACGUCGUGGAAGCUGUGUUCUCAUUGUUUAAACAUUUCAGAUGGAAACACGCUGCUAUUGUGUCUGUCGAAAACGGAGCAUGGUGGACCGAAAUGGGAUCGCGAUUUGAAUACGUGUUGAGUGAUAGAAAUGUUUCGUUAUCGAACAACGCAUUUAUCAUAUUACCAGCGACAUCGACCGAGGUAUUCAUAAAACGUCAAAUACAACAGUUGAUGGCGAUAUUCAAGCUGAGAGCUGGCGCUAAAACCAACCUUGAUGGAGCGUUAAUUCUGUGCGUUUCCGAACACUCGCUGGUGUUUUGGAAAAUUCUGCGAGUCCUCGGCGAGCUACAAAUCUCCGUACCAGUGUUAAUUAUGCGACUGUCUUCCAGUUUUUACUUUUAUCAAUAUACCUUCGAGCGUAAUUUUAUGCUCGAGAAUCGUUUAUACCAAAUGACCAAUUACGAUAGCAACUACGAAGAAAAUUUUAGCAAUAGUAAUUACAGUAGUCAUAAUAAUACUACCUUUAAAAGGUACAUCGAUAAGACUGAUAUUUUAAACGCGCUUGUAAAUAAUACUACGUCGAGUAAUCAAGAUGAUCAGCUGAGGUACAAUCGAAGUGACACUAACGAUGAGCAAAUUCAACGUUAUAAAAAUAUUAGCGAUUUUGAAGAGUUCAAGUUAAACGUACUCAAAUCACCGUUUUUUCGACAUCGACGCAAUAACCUUCAGAAUUUCACCAACGAGUUGGAAUCGAUGAAGCAUUUAUUGUUGCUAUUGUCGCCGCAUUAUACGUACCAUUUAUCCAAGGAUUCUUUCUUGGGACUGAUCAAAACGUCGAGUAAUUUAAUUAGAAAUAAAUCAGCUGUGAAUUCUACAAGAACAUCGAAGAGUACAUUUUCCAAUGAUUGUUUUUUGCUCUCUGAUAUAACCAACGGUUCAACUCGUGAGAUUUUAUACCUUCAUAAAUCAAAUAGUUGUGAUAAUUGUACGAAAGAUGCAUACUUUCAAACAACGACGUUGAUAAGAGAUUCCGCAGAUUGGUUCAGUCAGAAAAUGGCGAUGCAUAGACAAGCAAUAUCGGAUCCUUCGAGAUGUAAUAAGUUAAUCUGCGAUGAAACUUCGUCCUACAGUUUCUGGGAAGACUUAUCGUUGGAUUUGAUAUUAUUAAUACUGUUCGUGGUGGUAAUUGUGGUUAUUUUCACGUCAUGCAUAACGAUGGUAGCUCGGAAACAGUAUGUGAACAGACGCAGGAUGAAAGAUCCGUGUAAAAUUCUACUCACUUCCGAAGACAUCAUAUUUCCUCAAAUUACCGAACCAAGACGGGUGGAAGAAGGUAUAGAAGCGAUGUUAUGUUGCUGGCUGCAACAAUUACACGAAUUCGGCGGACCGGAAGUAGAUAAGCCGGAUUUAUUAAAAGGUCCAGACGAUUCGGAUAAAUCGUUUCCUUUGAAACACGUUAACAGCUGUAAUUCAGUCACAAAGCCGAUCGCCUCCAAUGAAAUUAAAGCCAGAUAUAACGGUGAUUUGGUUCAAUUGAAGGAUAUUCCUGUUCACGAUGGAUCAUUUGAAUUACGCAGCAAGUCGUUAAACGUGUUGAUGAUGAUACAUGGAUUACGUCACGAAAACCUAAACCCAUUGAUUGGAUUAUUAGUGGAUCCGGUGAGACCUGCUUUGGUAUGGGAAUACUGCAGUCGAGGCUCUCUGGAAGAUGUGUUAAUACAAGAUGAAAUUAAAUUAGAUUGGAGUUUCAGACUUUCGUUGCUGACUGAUUUAGUUAGGGGUAUGAAAUAUCUACAUUCCUGCCCGUACCGCAUACACGGAACGUUAUCAUCGAGGAAUUGCGUAAUAGACGCAAGAUGGGUAUUAAAAAUAACGGAUUACUGUCUGACCGAAUUCAACGAAGCUCAAAAUGUUACAAGCAUUAAUAAAACUGCCAGAGAUUUAUUAUGGACUGCUCCUGAACUUCUACGGAAUGAAAGUUUAAUGAGAAGAGGUACGCAACAAGGUGAUGUUUACAGUUUCGCUAUAGUCAUGCAAGAAGUCGUCGUUCGAGGGGAGCCGUUCUGUAUGCUUUCGUUAUCACCAGAAGAUAUUAUUGAAAAAUUAAAAAAGCCUCCGCCUCUAAUAAGACCGUCCGUUAGUAAAGGCGCCGCUCCACCGGAAGCGAUAAAUAUUAUGCGCCAAUGCUGGGCCGAGCAACCUGAAAAACGACCGGACUUCAAUGCUAUAUACGAUUUGUUUAAAACUUUAAAUCACGGCAGGAAGAUAAAUUUCGUCGAUACCAUGUUUCAAAUGUUGGAAAAGUAUUCGAAUAAUUUAGAGGAUUUGAUACGAGAACGUACCGAACAGUUGGAUAUGGAGAAGAAGAAAACCGAACAGUUGCUGAAUCGUAUGUUACCAAAUUCUGUUGCUGAUAAACUCAAACUCGGUAUGCCAGUUGAUCCCGAAGAGUUCAGCGAAGUUACCAUUUAUUUCUCAGAUAUCGUAGGAUUCACUACUAUAUCGGCGUAUUCGACUCCUUUUGAAGUUGUCGAUUUACUCAACGACUUGUAUACCUGUUUCGAUGCGACGAUCAAUGCUUAUAAUGUGUAUAAGGUUGAAACGAUUGGAGAUGCUUACAUGGUGGUUGGUGGGUUACCUGUGCGAAUUGCUGAUCAUUCAGAUCAAAUAGCGACGAUGGCGUUAGACUUAUUGCAUCAAAGUGGUCAAUUCAAAAUUAGGCAUUUGCCUCUGACACCUUUAAGAUUACGUAUUGGAUUGCAUACAGGGCCAUGUUGUGCCGGUGUCGUUGGAUUAACCAUGCCUCGAUAUUGUUUAUUCGGAGAUACAGUAAAUACAGCUUCCAGGCUCGAAUCUACUGGUUCACCCGGUAGAAUACAUAUCUCGGAGACAACCAAACUGAAGCUGGAUUUAGUGGGUAAAUACAGAUUAGAAUACAGAGGCGAAACCGAGCUCAAAGGCAAAGGGAAAAUGCCCACGUAUUGGUUACUCGGCAAAGAAGGAUUCGAUAAAGACAUCCCUGUACCUCCUCCAGUCACGGAUAAUCACGGCCUGGAUGAAGAACUAAUCAAAUCAUCUCGAGAAUACCGCUACCAAAAGCUCGCCAACUGCGGUAAACUACCCUCCGAAAGCAGCAUAGAAGCCGAAUUACCUCCAGCUACCAGCGGCAAACAGCUCGUGAUGCAGAAAUCCUUAGAUAGCGGUCUUUUCACCGACAGCGGUUCAUCCUUCGGCCACGGGCACAAAUCCUGGAACGCCAGACGUCAGAUGACUUUCGAUUCAUCCGAUCGAAACGAAUACUAUCGUCAUGCCAUUUCAUUCGAACAAAAAAUGAAACAUAUCCCAGAAGCGAACGGUAAACUUCUAAAUUCCGGUACCAAUUCACCGUAUUCAUCUUCCGACAAGAAUAUCGAUCUAGUCGGAGUAUCUUUCGUGAAUAAAAAUCUCGCAUCUGGAUCGUCCAAGGUUAAAAAGCACAACGCCCCGAAUGAAAACGAUCUAAGCACCCCGUACAACUAUUACCGUUGUUUGCCACCUAAUGAGAAUCCUUCCUCGGGCGGUAAAUUCGUAUCGAAAUUUCUCAAACGUCAGUUCAGCGUGGAUAAAUCCGACGAUGCUGCUAUUGUUCUGCAAGAGGUGCCUAUUACCAAGACUAGUAAACUUUUUAAGCAAAAUUCAGCCGGUCAUGACGGCGAUAAGACUGAAAAAACGCAGGUUUACAGGUUCAAUAAUAAUAGCAUAUUGCCCUCGUUGUCCAUUUCUUCGGAAUCGUUGACCUGAGAAGUUGAGAGAUGGCUGUAAGGUACAUGGAGAUCUUUUGGUGACGUGUUUCGUGAUCCGUUUUGGGGUAUUUGUCGAUCGUUGAGUUUUUUUAGAGGUUAUUUUUCUCAUAAAAUUGGGGUUGAAUUUUUUAGAAAUUUAUUCCAUGGAAAAUUGAUUUUUUUCGUGGUUGAUAAUAAUAGGACAUUCCAUGUCAAAUCAUCGAAUUUUUAAAUAUUUUCUGUAUGAGUAGACCUUGAUAAUUGAGACAGAUGUCGAAUGGCGCAAAACUGUAGUUCUCAAGUUGCAUUUUCAGGAGAGAUAUGGGUACUCAAAGUUUUGAGGAAAAUAGGGAUAUUGUAAAGUUCAGGAGGGCCAACUUGAACACCUACAGUUGUUGCAAAUUUGGAACUGUUCCCAUUUUGUGGGUUUAUUAAAAAACGUUUUUUUUUUUUUUUUUGAAGAUGUGAUGAAAAUAAGUAAUACCACCUUUUUAAGCUUCAAAAAUUGGCUGAAAAAGUUGAAAAAUGGUAUUUUUUUCAUCGCAUCUUUGCUUAAAAAUUCUGAAAAAAUUACCUCAAGCACAACUUUAAAAAUUCCAAUGACAACGAGAAAAUAUUAUUUUUUGUAUAAAAGAUUGCAUGUGCAGAUUGGCUCAUUUUCAUCAAUUCUAUAUUACUACCUAUAUUUUUUUAAAACGUUUUUUUUUUUGAAUAAAAUUGAUGAAAAUGAGCCAAUUUAGGUAGAUACAUAAUUUAUCUUUUAAGAAAUAAAUUGCACUUUCAUUUCUUUUAAUCUUUGGAAAUUUUUGAGCAUGGGAGCGUUUUUCAUGAACCCAUGAACUGGAAUAAGUUCAAAAUUUGCACCAUUUGUAUGUAGUUUUCAAGUUAACCCCACUCGAACUUUACAAUACAUACCUAUCGCUAUUUUCCUCAAAGCUUUGAGCACCCCUAUUUCUCCUGCAAAUAUACGCUUGAGAAGGGUUGGGCAAGGAGUUGUUUUUUCAACAUGUAAAUUUGACCGUAAGUUGACUCUUUGUUUGAUUCUUCUCAAAAACUUUCAAAGAGUCUGGUUAAACUCCCUUCGCGCUUUUUAACAUAUUUCAACUCUCUAUAAAUCAUAUUUUCGCACUUGAUUAUUAAAAACGUGUGUGAUCAAAAGUUUAACGCCCCAGAGUAAUCCGGCGAGUAAAUUUCAAUUAUUUUCAAGCAAAAAGUACCUAAACUAGAAAAAUAGUUUAUCAUAUUUGUAUUAUGUAUUUGAAAAAAAAAUUGAAGUUGAAUGUAAGUCAGUAGCAUAUGGAUCACUUGGGCACACUAAGGGCAAAAUCGUUCCUUUGGGUCGAGCAAACGAUUCUUAUUAGUCAAAGUGAAUCACUCAGUGAACGACUUCAAAGUGCAAAGUGAACCACUUAGUGGAACGACUUCAAAGUGCAAAGUGAAUCACUUAGUGAACGACUUCGAAGUGAAUCACUUGGUGAACGACAUCAAAGUGAAUCACUUGGUGAACGACUUCAAAGCGAAUCACUUAGUGAACGACUUCAAAGUGAAUCACUUAGUGAACGACUUCAAAGUGAAUCUCUUAAUGAACGACUUCAAAGUGAUUAAAGUUGAUCACUUAGUGAACGACUUUAAAGUGAAUUAUUUGGCGAACGACUUUGUGAGUGAAUUGAAUAUGAAUAUGUAUCGUUUGCUCAAACCAAAGGAACGACUUUGCCCUUCUGAAAUUUUUCCCAUUUUCUUCUCUUGAAUUGUUUAGCUCACAAGGAAUAAUAUUCACGUCACAACAAUGAACAAAUACAGCAGGGCAGGGUUUUAGAUUUCAAAAAAUUUUACAAUAUUUUAAAAUAGAAAAAAUUUUUUAAAAAAGUAAUUUUUGAUAAAAAAAUAAAAUUUUUACGUUUUUGUAUAAAAAAUUUACGUGUUGAUGUAAAGAGCAAAAGCACAAAAAUUUCGAAAAUUUAUUCUUUAAUUUUGGAAUUUGAGAGGGGGUGGGGGUGGGAUAGAAGCAUCUCCUUUCAGUGUAAAAAUUCAGAAAUUGACAAAUUUUCAGAAUAAAUUUUCAAAAACACAAAAACUAAAAAAAGGAUCAAAAAUUUACAAAAAUGCAUUUUCCAUACUACGUACUUACUCUUAGUCCAGUAGUUUUCCAAACUAAACAUUUUUUCUGUUGGAAAAUUUAAUGUAGCAUGAAAAUGACAAACGUUUUUAUGCUGCAAUGGAAAUUCCGAAAAAUUCUGAAAACAAUUUUUUCAAAAUCAAAAAUCCCCACUCGUUUGACCCUGUUUCAUUCCCUUACAAACCUGUUUAAGUUGCAAUAAAAAAAAGAAAAAUUGAACGAUUUUUUUGAAGCAUUAAAUUUUCCUUUGCGGUUCUUAGAACAUCUUUAGGGCGUUGAAAAAUCAAAUUUGAAUUUAUUUUCGAAUUUGGUGCUUCAAAAGUACGAGAUUCGAUGGCAUUGAUGAAUAAGUUUUAAAAAUUGGGUAAAAAAGUUGAAAAAAUGAAAAUUUGAAUUCCUUGAAAGGAGCCAUAGAUUCAGAGUUGGAUUCUUUUCAAUUUUUUGUGUGUGUGUGUGUUUUUUUUAGAGUGUUUAGGCAAGAUUAGUACACUUUUUUUUUAAAGAGUUGAGUUGUAAUUCUCUUCAAAACAAGUUGAAUCUAAGUACUGAAGAGUUGAUUAAUUUUCAAAAAGAAUUUGGUUAACCCUUGGUCUACCCUCGAGAAAAAUUUUUAAAAAAAUCCGACCUGAAAUGCAAAAAGUUUGAGGAUUUGACGUGAAAUGACCCUAAUUCACGAAUAAUUCAACGAUGAACCCUCUAAUUCACGUAACCCCUUAUAUUGGGUCACUGUAGGAGUAUAUUUAUGUAAGAUGAGUUGUCUAUCGACUCGUUUGAAGGGACCAUAAUCAGUUAUAUAUCACCUUGUAUGUGGGAUCCAGGUGAAGUUUGUGUAAUUAUUUUUAUUUAUUAUUAUGUAUGUAUUUGUUCUGUUUUCUGAGUAACUAAUUUUGAAUUGUAUUUCUUGUUGAUUUUUUUUCUCGGUGUGAGUACCUAUUUUCGACUGUCUUCUCUAUAACGUAGAUGUUCCUAUAUUAUGUCGUUUGGCCUACAAAUUAUACCUACUUUUUUUUUUAAAAAAAAUGUGUGUACAAUAAUUAGAUGCAUUUAUUUAUAAUUACUUACUUGUCGGUAAUUUUUCCUUUCAUUUUCCUUUUUCUAUUAACAAUUAGCUCGUAAGUCGUAAUAAUUUUGUAAAAAUAAGUUGUAUGUAUGUGUUUCGAGUCGACCAUUACUACGUAAGGAUUAGCUUUCUAAGAAAGUAAUAGAUAUCUACCUAAGUAUUCGGGGUGUUGAAAAAAUAUACUUUUUGUAUUACAAUAUUUAAGAACCUAUUUAGUCAAAAUUACCUUCCUACUUGGGUUUCAGAGUACAUAUUAAAUGCAAAAUAAAUGAUUUCAAUGAAACGUCACAGUGACGUCACUUGACGGACAGCUGCGCUGUGAUUGGCUGAUAGCGCGUUAUCACAAGUUCACAACUAAGGGCCAUAUUUAUAGACGAUACUUAGCAAUUGCUUGGCCAAGUAGCGGAUUUCUUUUCAAUUUUUCUAGCAAAUAACUUAAAAAUUUCACAUUUUUGAAUUGAUAUAUGAAUACUUCAGGAUCCAAUCUCUCAAUUUAAUGAUAGAUCCACUUUUAGAAAUUCAAUCAUGACUGGAAAAUUAACUUUGAAAAUCAUUACUUAGCCAAGCAAUUGCUAAGUAUCGUCUAUAAAAUAUGGCCCUAAAUUAGCAUUACGUUAAGUGGGCCUGCGACCUAGCUUGUUUUUUUUUUUUUUUUAAUGAAAAUGAAAUUUACCUAGGUAUUUGAAGAUAAUUUUGAAAUAAUAAGCAGGAUCUCUAAUAAUAACAAUAGAAAAUAACACGAAAAAUGUCAUUUUGAUUGUGAAAAUAACACAAUGAUAGUAAAUUAGCUUUUUUUAUUUUCUGAUAAAAUUGAUAAACGAAAAAGUGUGAAAAUUGAGACCAGCUUCAGCUUGUUAUGAUAUAAUAAGAAUAUGAAUAAUAUUCGCAGCGAUGAGAAUUGAAAAUAUUCUAAGAGUGAGACUAGCUCCACCUCAUUAAAAAUACAAUGUACACACUACACACUUAGUGAUAACAUUUUUUUAAAAACUUCGUAACUUGGACCACACUAAUUGCAGAGAAUAAAUUUACAUACUUACUACGUACUAAUGAUAACCCAUUUUACAUAACGAGAAUAAUUCUUCAGAAAAUUUAAUCGAUUAAAGUUAUCAUCGCUGUCGUUAUUUUAUAAAUGUCUAAAUCAAAUGUUGAACUGCUGGAUCAUUCGUCAGCAUUCGUCCAUUUUCUUUCUCAAUGACUUCUCCAUAUGAACGUAGGCUCGGUAUUGUAAAUAUUGUUUCUGCACUUCCCUAUUCUCUCUCAUUCGCUCCUCCAUAUGAGCGUAGGUUUGUAAUCUAUUGAAUAGUUUCUCCUUUUCACGUUCGUCAAGUUCAUGUUUAGGAUUUUGUUUUUCCUGAAAUUGCAAUGACAGAAUCAUGUAAAGCAUUCAACGAGUAAUAAAGGUGAACGCAACAUUACGUAAAAUAAAAAUUUCAAACUUUGUUUUGAAGCUGAAGCCGAAGAAGAUCUUCGGAUAAUGACGAGCUAACUCUAUCAUCUGAUGAUUUGAUAUCUUGUUUGUUCAUUUUUUAAAUUCUAGAACACAAAAUUAAUAGUUGUCAUACCGCUUUUACAUCUUGAUGAGAAAUCAAUAGUUAUGCACGUAAUAAGACUGAACUCGAAAUUGUCAAUUCAUCUUACCUUCAAUAGAUAAUUAUAUUAUGCAGAAUCCACUUCGGUGAUAUUUUUGAAUGUUUUCAGGGUUUGUAAAGUCACUAUUAAGAACUUGGAAUAUUUUCAACAAUUAUAAAAUUAAACUCAAACUCAUCACCUGAUCACAUUUUACCAUUAUGAUUCUAUUCUAGUAUGUAGAUUAGUUGAUUACAGGAAUAGGAAUCUGGAAUGUUUAGGGCAGGUUUCUCAACGCUACCAGGCUUAACGCUAUCAGGCUAUCAGCCAAUCACAACGCAGCUGUUUGUCAAGUGACGUCACUGUGACCUUUCAUUGAACACGUUUAUUGUCGAAUACUAAUAUGUAUUUUUUAUGUACCUAUUAUGUGUAUUAAUCUAUCUUGUUUCGAUGUAUGUAUAUAAUUUAAAAUAGGUCUUUUAUCACUAAAUCAAGGCUGUAAAAUUUUUUAUCACCUUUCUCCUUAUUGAUUUAUUAUUUAUGUGUAAGUACCUCUUAUUACUGAAUGAAUGAAAAUUAUGUAAAUGCGCUUGUACGAAGUUACGUUUUUAGUUGUCCUAGGUUUUGUCAGACAAUACGUGCUAUAAAUUUGAAAUUCGUUUGGUAUUUUUUUAUACUUUCUGUAGAUUUUUUUUUUACAUCGAUGCAGUUAAUUUUUAAAAAAAUGCAUUUUAUUCGAGUUUCUGAUAGGAGUAUUUUUCUUGUGUAUAUAGGUAGAUACUAGACUAGAUACUCGAGUACAAUAAUAAUGAUGAUAUAUAUAUUUUUUUUUUCGAAUAAUGAAUUUUAAAGCAAUUAUUACAAAAAUGAUGACCCAAUGUUGUAAAAUUAAUUCAAACAGCACAAACAUCAUUUUUACAAAUUGGAAGGUUUAUAGGCGCAUUGGAUCGAGUUACUCAUUUUCAUUUUUUCUUCGCUUCUAAACUUUGAGUACUUACCUAACCUUAAUGGUAAUAGCCAAGCGAAUCUUUUGUUCCACCUGUAAUUGCUUAAAUUACUUACUUACCUUUCGUUGUAGUGAAUAGAAACCUUGUCUGUAUUUUCCAUCUGUAUGUACCUACGAAACAACAGUAGGCUAAUUUUAUUAAAACAUUUAUUUUGUU